AUGGAUUACCGGACGCACAAUGUAUGUUGGGAUUCGCUCUUCGAAGAAGUCCUGAUCGAAAUCUUCUCCAAGCUUGAUUUUCAUUCGCUGAUAUCUGUUGCAAGCGUCUGCCAUUCAUGGCGCUGCGUGGCCCAUUAUCCAGAGUGCUGGGAGUAUGUCCGCUUCUGUCAUCAUGAAAGAUUCGUAAACUACCACAUCAAAGAAACCGUAAUAUCAGAUCUUCAAUAUGGGCUGUUCAGGGAGUCUGAAUACAUGAUAAAGCAUGUUGGAGCCGGAGCCAAGUCCAUUUGGGUCCACCCCUUAGCUGACGACACAAUGGUCCAGAGGAUCGCUGACAGGAGUCCAUCAAUUGAGUCAAUCUCCCUUCGAAAUUAUUAUCGAAUCUCAACAUCCGCUCUUAUCAAUCUAAUCCAAGCUUGCAAGCUCUUGAAGUUCAUCGACAUUACGUUCUGCUCUUCUAUUUCCGUUUCCGCAUCAUUGAUUGAAGAAAUUGGUCUAUCUUGCCCAGGUCUGGUGGGGAUCAAUUUUGGCAAUAUAAACAUGACGGAAGAAAUAGCAACAGCAAUAGGGAAAUUCAUGCCGAAACUCAAUUGGCUCAACCUCAACGGUGCUAAUAUAUCUUGUGAAGAUCUUUGUAUGAUCCUAGACUCUUGUACUGAGCUAGACUACGUUAGUGUCAAAUCUUGCCAUCGACUGAUCAUGAAGGAAGAACUCAAGAACAGAGCCACCAGAAUUGCAGAGUUCUACUACUCCCAUGCUCUUCAAUUCCAAUCAGUGCCCAUGCCUAUGCCGGCAAUCUGCUGGCCUAGCCAAUCAGUGCCCAUUGCUAUGCCGGCAAUCGGCUGGCCUAGCCAAUCAAUGCCCAUGCCUAUGCCAGCAAUUGGCUGGCCUAGCCAAUCAAUGCCCCAUUACUAUGCUGGCAAUCGGCUGGGCUAG